AUGAAUGACUACAUGGGUGGCCAACACCUACUAGGCAGCCAUGGGGGCAGCCAUCCAUAUAUCACAUACCCACUCAUAUGGGUGGCUGACCACUACUGGGCAAUCAUGAGCCAGCUGUCUGUGUACCAUGUCCCCACAUAUAUGGGCAGCCAUGGGGAUGGCUGUCCCCCUACCACGUACCCACUCAUACAGGUGGUCAACUCCUACUGGGCAAUCAUGGGGCGGCUGCCCUGGCCCCAUGCACCCACCAAUAUGGGUGGGCAGCCCCUACUGGGAAACCAUUGGUCGGCUGCCCUGGCCUACACCCCCACCUCUAUGGGUAGCCAACCCCUACUGGGCAGCCAUACCAGUAUUACUGGUGAUUGA